CAUGCGGAAAUUAAUUGUCGUGAAUCUUGCUAGCAUGAUGCUAACACUGCAGCAAAAAGCUCAGGUUUAUGAACGUAAGCGGCUGUGGGGUGGCUAAAAUCUUAAAGUUACUCAUGUUACAGUUUGUUGUCAUGGAAGUUAAUGUCACUGUUACGUAAAGACGAGCUAAAUAAUACGUUUCAUCCUGUCUGGAGUGUUUCUCUUCCGUCGCAGAGGGGGAAAUGAAGACGUUAACGUCGGGGACGUUGACAGACAGGUGCCGCACGCAAACCUCCGUGUUACCGCUCAUGUCCAAAGAUCCCGCCUCCGAGGAGAAACACACCUAUCAGUGAUGGUUAUGGAAGACGAUGGACGCUCCCACAGCCAAUCAGAGCCAGACACCCUGCCAGGCGUGGGCCGGCCAGAACGGCUGGUCCCCUGCUUCACCUCAAGCAGCCCCCAGCAACCCCCUGCUGGGUUUUCAGCAUCUCAGCCUGGGCUCUCCUUCUGACCAGAGACCCUGCUAUGAUCACCUGAAGGCAUCCAACCAGGGCUGCCAGAGCGACAUCACCACCUUUUCAUCCAGCAGCAACACUCAUCGCAGCACGCUUUACGCUAAUAAUGGUGAUCAGAGUGAGCAGCGGGUCAAUCCUGAUGCGCGUGUGUCAUCCACAGUUCCAGCUGCAAGCCAAGGAAGAAACAUACCUCCAUGUUCUCUCCCUCUUCUGAACGAAGGGAUGCAGCCAUGCAAGCCACAUCAAAUGCCGUUUUACUCCCCUUACAGCCCCUACCAAGCAAUAUCUCCCCCUUUGCACUCUCCAUACACACACCAGGGUUUAUUGAAUGGACCUCAGUCACCACAUCAAAAACAUCUGCCCAUCAGCUCUCCAUCAUUUGGACAAUGUGUAAACCAGAGUCCACAGUGCACACCUCAGCCUGCAUUUGAGGGGGCAAACGUGGAGUCCUCUAUUGGAUACACCUACGGUCAUGCCUCGCCUACCUCUCCUAUCCAACAGCAGCCUCAGUGGACACUUACACACUCUAAAGGACCCAUAAAUGAGUUUGUGGCCAACACGGGUGCACAGGACAAGAACAUCACACCACAGUCUCCUAACUCUGAGUCCCGUUACGGCCUCGACCCAGAGCUCCUGCCCAGUGCUGUGAAGGUGAUUGCAGAGGACAAGGCAGAGUGGGAGGACAAAGUCUUCGUCUCAGAGCCUUUUUCCCGUCUUCCUCCUCUGGCAACCACUUAUUGUACCGUAGAGGAUAGAGGUAAUGCGAGUCCUUCGGCCAUCCGCUCCAUCUCGUACUGCGUGCCCUGUGAAGGUCAGGCUGCCCUACUCAGCCGUCUGCCGCUGGGAGCUGUGGUCACCCCCCUGGUAAAACAAAAUGCUGAAGAGAAGCCCCUGCCUGUGUGCAAACAGGCAGAGUGUGUUACGGGAUGUGGCUGGUGCGGAGCCUCGAUGUGCCCGGCAAUGGGCUGGCAGGACUGUGGACAGAGGUUUUACUGCCCCUUCUGUGGUAAACUCAGUGAAGUGCCGUGGCAACACUACCAGCCCACCAAAGGGGUGGAGGGGGUUCGGGUGGAUAAAGACAAGAGGCCAGAGCUCAAUAUGGGCUCAUAUGAGAUACUCAAUUCCCAGAAGGGUGAACCUGCUGCUCUGCUUCUAGCCAUAGAUGUUUCUCCCUCAGCGCUAAGAGGAGGACAUCUGGAGUUUGCAACACAACAAAUACUCGCCCUGCUCACUUCUCUGAGGAGGGAGGAUGGUGAUGCUUUGUCAGACGUCCGUGUUGGUUUGAUGACGUAUGACAGCAGGAUCCACCUGUACGACCUCAGCCCCGCCCUGUCCCGACCACACAUGCUGGUCAUCACUGAGACAGACGACCUGCAGCUUCCGGUGAGGGAGGGGCUUCUAGUGUCCCUGAAAGACUGUAUCGACAGUGUCGAAAGUGUGUUGCAGCAUAUUCCUCAGUAUUCUCCAGAGUGUGAUGACUCCAGCGGAGUUACCAUGGAGCUACCUGUGAAAGCCGGGUUAGCUGUACUGAAGGCCCUGAGUUGUCCUGGGAAGCUGCUGAUCUUCCAUACUGCCCCUCUGAUAGAGAUAGGACACACCAACUCAUCCUCAGGGUUCUUUGGCUCCAACAAACCAAAGUCCAUCUUUCAGCCAUCGGAGCUAACCAUCUCAUUGGCUAAGGAGUGUGUCAGUCAUGGCUGCGGCGUUCACCUGUUUGUUCUGUCCCAGCAAGAUGUGGGCGGAGCUUGGCCGGGGCAUAUUCCAUAUCUAACAGGUGGAAGUCUGCACACCUACAGCCACCUCCAGGGUGAACUGGACAGGGAGCGUUUCAGCACUGACCUAAAGAAGACUGUAGAGACGGACUCAGGCUACAAGGCUGAGCUCAGGAUUUUUGUCAGUAAAGAUAUGCGUGUGUCUGGGUGUUAUGGACUUUUUAUCCCUGGGCCCAAUCCUGGCCACGUCACCAUGGCAACCCUUGAUCACUUUACAACACUGGCUGUGGAGCUCGCGCACACCAGAGCUCUGGAUGAGUCGAGAGCUGUCGCCAUACAGGCUGUAUUGUCCUACAGCACCCAGACAGGAGACAGGAGGACCAGGGUUCACACUCUGACCCUGCGAUGCUCACGUCACCUGCAGGAUGCCUUCCGGCAGUACCAAGCCCAGACGCUACUCACCUUCUAUUGCAAAAAGAUUUACUGUGCAGUGUUGGAGCGCCCUCUACAGGAGCUGAGGGAGGAACUGCAGACGGAGGUAACCGAAGCGUUGGCGUCCUAUCGGAAACACUGCUGCUCUGCUUCAGUGUCUGCUGGACAGCUGGUCCUCCCUCAGUACCUGCGAGCUCUUCCUGUUUACAUCAACAGUCUGAGGAAGAGCGAGGUGCUGCUGCCGGGCCUGCGGAGCUCCGUCCACCAGCGGCUGCAGCAGCGCUGCCAGGUGCUCCGCAUGGACACCCGCAGCACCUCCACACAGUUCUACCCUCUGCUGCUGCCUCUGCCACUGUCAGCCGACAGCUUCACCCCUCCACACCCAGAGGAGGCCCUGCGCUGCUGUGCAGCCAGCCUUGAGCCCAGAGGUCUGUACUUGGUUCAUGCACCCCUCACCCUGCUGCUCUGGGUGGGCACCCAAGUCCAAGCAUGCACCCUGGUCGAGCUCUUCAACACCAGCUGCUUCUCCUCCCUGCCCUCUGGAGAGACCAAGCUGCCAGUUCUUGAAAAUCAUCUGUCCAUCACUGUUCGAUCCCUCAUCGAUACACUGAACUCCCAAGCACCCUACGCCCGCAAGCUGUGGGUGGUGAAGCAGGGCGACUCCUGCGAGGAGGCCCUGCAGCGCCACCUGGUGGAGGACAAGAGUCCUAACGGAGGAGCGUCCUACGCAGACUUCCUGUACCAUCUCCACGUCAACUCUGUCCGGAUUCUGCAGUGACUUGACUCACAAACAUGCACAGUUUCUGACCUCUCUGGGUGCAUUAUCCUCUACAAAAGACAUACUUGCCGAAAAUAAUGAUGGACAAAUGGAAACAAAAGUAUUACGGGCCAUUACUGACAUUAUUAGAAUGUGCAAAUAUGAAAGGCCUGUUGUCAGGCAGUGCAUGGGGACAUUUUAAGUGAGACAUCAUUUGAUUUAUUUCACGACUGUGAUGUGUGCUGUGUGGAAUGUGAUCCGUGCUGUUCUGAAAAAUGUGUUUAUGAUGUUAAUUUAUUCCUGUGUCAUGGCAGUUCUCUAAUCCCUGCCUGAGAUUUGUGUGUAAGUGUGUUUCAGCGUGUGCGUGUGUGUGUGAUGCCCACAGUAUGUUCUGUGUCUGCAUAAUCUAAUAAAUAGUUAAAUAAAUGCUUUAAUUGAA